AUGACUGUUAAUCGGUUUGGUUUUCUUCUGAGCCACUUGCAUAGAAAUGAUAAUGCUAAAGAACCUAAAAAAAGAGACCACGGUUACGACAAAUUGUAUAAAUUAAGGCCUGUUCUUGAUAAACUUGGACAAACAUUUAUAGAAUGUUGGCAACCAGGAGAAUACCAAGCUAUUGAUGAAACGAUGAUCAAAUUUAAAUUUCCCAAUAGCUUGAAGCAGUAUUGCACUGCUAAACCGAUAAAACGAGGCUAUAAAUGUUGGACAAGAGCAGACGAAUCUGGAUGCGUGUGUGAAUUCCAGGAAUACACAGGGAAAGCAGUAACAGCGGAAAAGCAGUUACUCGCAGGAGUAGUGAAGGAUCUUACACGCGAGCUGGCUGGUGGAAAUCAUGACGGGUAUUUUUACUUCUUCACUGGAGUUGAUGUUUUGCUAUUACCAAAAGAGUAUCAGAUUUUUUCAUGUGGCACAGUGAGGUCUAAUCGCUCUAAGCUGCCUAAAAGCAAAACGAAAGAUAGCACAGUGAAAAAGGUGACUACGAAUAUCAAACGACAUCUACAGGAUUGCAAUGGAUCAAGUGAAUGGACAAAAAGGCUGUUCACUUUUCAUCUAACUACCAUGACCCCUCUGAAACUACAGUUGUCAAUCGUGGACAGAAGGAAGGUUCUUUGCAAGCUGUGA